GCUCAGAUUGACGGGCAGUCUGAAGUUGGUUCAGGUGGAGGGGGUGGCGGCUGUCGCCCUGGGGACGAUUCAGACGCCAAAGGGACGCCCAAACGUCUCAAUGUAUCUAACAUCCCCUUCCGCUUUCGGGACCCAGACCUACGGCAGAUGUUUGGCCAAUUUGGCAAAAUCCUUGACGUUGAGAUCAUUUUCAACGAGAGGGGCUCCAAGGGCUUCGGUUCUGUUACGUUUGAGUCCAGCGCGGAUGCGGAGCAGGCCAGGGAGAAGCUCCAUGGCUCGUUGGUGGAAGGAUGUAAAAUCGAGGUUAAUAAUGCCACAGCCAGAGUGAUGACAAACAAGAAAAUGACCACACCGUACUCUAAUGGAGAGGGACUUGCAGCCCUACCAUAUGCUGGUUGGAAGUUAAGUCCUAUGGUCGGAGCCAUGUACAGUCCUGAGCUUUAUACAGUUCCAGGGUUCCCGUACCCAGUGGCAGCCGCAGCAGCAGCCACAGCAGCAUCCGCCGCUUCCACCGCGGCAACAUUUCGAGGAACACAUCUGCGGGGUCGAGCUCGGCCCGUCUACAGCGCAGUCAGGGCUGCUGUCCUUUAGCCCGCCAUCCCUGCAUACCCUGGUGUGAUGGCCUAUCAGGAGGGUUUUUACGUUGCAACUGACCUCUAUGGCGGCUACGCAGCGUAUCGUUACGCCCAGCCUACAGCCGUAGCGACCCCUGCAGCAGCAGCCGCUGCAGCAGCAGCCUACAGUGACAGCUAUGGACGAGUUUACACGGCAGAUCCCUACCACGCUGCGCUGGCCCCAGCAGCAUAUGGUGUCGGAGCUACGGCCACGCUCUACAGGGGAGGAUACAGUAGAUUUGCCCCUUAUUAAAAGACACUUCAUGUCCCAGGACAUCCCCUAUCCUAUUGAAUUAUUCUGAAAGAGCUCCCUCUGUUGUUCUGGAGGUGGACUGUGUCCUGUUUUUAAAGUGUGGAGUCGACCACUGCUAAGAUAUUGCAGAUCCCACCCCAGAGCAUUCCCACUUUUCUUAUCUAAGCUUCUACAAAAAUAGAGGAAUGCUGUAUUAAAGACUAAGGGUCGCCUUUACAAUAAAAAA